AUGAAACCGAAAGGAGAACAACCUGUUGCAUCUACCUCCCGGGCACCUAAGCGCAAAAGAAAGCUUAUCAUAGCUAGUUCUUCCGAAGAAGACAACAUCACGAUUUUAGAUAUGGUUCAAACUAGAAGUGCUAGGAAAAAAGCUAAAGAAAGACGAAUCAUUUCUGAUUCCUCGGAGAUUGAAGAAUCCGUAGACGAAUCCUUAGAUUUGAGUGAUGAGGAAAUUUCAGAAGAUUCUGACCAAAUGAUCACGGAUGAUUCAAAUGAAUCUACAAUUGCAACUAGAUCAAAGCGACGGGUGAAUCGGAUUAAUUAUUCGGAUGAAAAGUACUUUAGAAGUCGUCUUGGUAAUGAUCCGGAUGAACUAAAGAGAAGGAAGGAAUCUCUCACCGAAAAUAAAAUCGAUAAAGGGCGUUUUAAAAUUUUAUCAUCUAAAUUAAACAAUUUUAACAACGUUGAAAGUCUAGAUAGGAGAAAUUCUGUAAUCGUUUCAAUAGAUAACUCAAAUUUUUUUGAAGAAAACGUGGAUGAUGAAAUUUUAAAAGAAAAUGAUGAUCCGAAUGAUUCUAGUGAGGAAGAAUCUUUUACAGAAAAUUCGAAUAAAAAUUUUGAAGACGACGAUUAUUCUGAAAGUGAUCAAUCUAAUCCGAUGAUUGACCCUAUUUCAUCUACAAGAGCAAAUAAUUCACAAUUUAUUGCUGCACAUCUUGAUUGGUGUAAAAAAUGUGGUGGUUCUGCGAAAAGAUAUAAUAGUGAAAAGGGACCGUUGGUUUUGUGUGAAUAUUGUUCUAAUUCUUACCAUUCGACCUGUUAUUCUAAAAAAACGACAAAUGCAAAAAUUUUAUGUCAGCAAUGUAGUAAAUCGGAUUCACAUAUAUCUAGAUGUAUGGUUUGUCACAAGGAACCUAGUAACAAAGAAAAGAACUCGGAAAGUGAUGAAGAUUUACAAAGGCCAAUUAAAGAUGUUGCGAUUAGCUUAGAUCCGGAGGAUUCUCAAGUUUUUUUUAGAUGUUUACGUUGUUCUCAGGCUAUACAUGAAAGUUGCCUUCCGUUUUUGAACGAGGAAGAAUCGCUGAGUGAAAAAAUGCAAUCAUAUCGAGAAUCUUGGAACUGUCAUCUGUGCCUGAAAUGGGAAGAUAAAAUAGAUAAAAUUUUGACGUUUAGAAAGAUAUCUGUAAAUAGUAAUAAAGAGGGAUCAAUGGAAGUUUCAAGAUCUCAAAUUGAGGAAAUAAAUGCAGAUUCUGAUAAUAUUGAAGAUUAUGAAUUCCUUGUAAAGUUUGAAGAUGUGUCCUAUCUUCAAGUUGAAUGGGUGCCUGGUCCUUGGGUGUUUGGAAUUAGUCCAACCAAGUAUAAUAAUUAUGUUAAAUCACAGCCGGAUCCAUUGACAAAAGAGGAAGCAAUUAAGAGUUAUUGGACGAAGAUACAUCGUAUACUUGAUGUACAAUUUAAAAAUGAAGUAACCUUACGUGAACAACUUGAGAACCGGCAUAAAAAUUUGGGUAAAGGUGUACCAGUGCAAGCCUAUGUUAAGUGGAGAGGUCUUAAUUAUGCUGAUGCCACUUGGGAACCCAUAAAAAAUUUAGAUAAAAAAAAGUUCGAAAAGGCCUAUCAGAUUCGGAAAAAUUCAUAUGCAAUUAAGAAGCCCGAUAUCUUUGUAAAUAGAACAUUUAUUCCACAUAAAGUUCAACCCUCAUAUCUGAAAAAUAAAAAACAUUAUAAUACUCUUAAGGAUUAUCAGUUAGAUGGGGUGAACUGGUUGUUACAUAAUUGGUGCAAUGAGAUUUCUUGUAUUCUCGCAGAUGAAAUGGGCUUAGAAAGGAAUUGUUACCCAUUCCUUAUUGUUGCACCAAAAUCUACUACAGCUGGUUGGUCUCGUGAAUUCAAAAGAUGGGCAAAGGAAUUGAACGUUAUUGAGUAUCAUGGAGAUGGAGAAUCAUUAAAGGUUGUUGAAGACCUUGAAAUGUUUCCUGACGGAACCAAUCUAAAAUGCCAUGUAGUUAUCACAACUCCAGAGGCAAUAAUGCAACACACCAAUACAUUCUUAAAGGUUCCUUUAUGGGAGGUGUUGGUUGUUGAUGAAGCACACAGUCUAAAAAGGGGACAAGAAUCUUUACUUUUCAAAGCCUUGAAUACAAAGCUGAAUGUAUAUCAUAAAGUAUUAUUAACAGGCACGCCGAUGAUGAAUUGUAUUGAUGAACUCUUUAAUCUACUCAAGUUCCUUGGUCAUAAGGAAUUCGAAAAUCCAAAGGAAUUAGCGGAAGAAUAUCAGGGCCUACCCUCGGCAGAUCAAUUGCCUGCUUUACAUAAACUACUUAAAUCUUACUUUUUGAGACGCACAAAGAGUCAAGUUAAUUUAGGCCUUCCACCUAUGGAUGACAUUAUAGUUCGUGUUUCAAUGACUCCAAUACAAAAGACAAUUUAUAAAGAAACACUUGAGAAAAACGCAGAUUUUCUUAAACGUGUUGCUAGGACAAAUCGAUCUACAGGCUUUACAAAUAUUUUAAUGAGUUUAAGGCAGAUAGUUUGCCAUCCUUAUAUAAUUAAUCGUGAAGAAAUUGAUCCUGAUGAUGAAAGGACUAAAGAGCAAGAGGAGAAUCGUAAGAAGAAACUUGUCGAAACGAGUGGAAAGUUGAUCCUUUUACGAGAUAUGCUAAUAAAAUUACAUGGCAAAGGACAUCGUGUACUUAUAUUUUCUCAAUUUGUCUCAAUGCUGUCUAUAUUGGAAGAAUUCUUGGAGGACUUAGGAUAUAAAUAUGUUAAGCUUGACGGCAGUACCGACAAUGAAAUAAGGCAACAUAAUAUUAACGCAUUUCAGGCUUCGGAUUCUGACAUAUUUGUUUUCUUAUUGUCUACGCGUGCAGGAGGUGUUGGACUAAAUUUGAUGGCCGCGGAUACUGUUUUUAUAUACGAUCCUGAUUUUAAUCCUCAUCAAGACAUACAGGCUAUGAGUCGCGUUCAUCGCAUCGGUCAAUUUAAACCUGUUAAAGUUUUUAGGUUUAUUACGCAAUUUUCAAUCGAAGAAAAAAUUGUCGAAAAGGGGAAGAUAAAGCUUGCGAAAAAUGAACUAGUUGUGGAAAAAAUGGAUAAUGAAGUUCUUGAUGUCAAAGAAGUUGACGAUAUUAUCCGUUAUAGUGCUAAGGCUUUAUUUAGCGAAGACAAUAAUGAAAAACCCGUAGGACCAUAUACCGAUGAGGCCAUUGAGAAGCUUCUGGAUCGUAGUCAGAUGAAAGCAGCAGAACAAGUGACUGAAUCCAAGAAUCUAACAGGUUUUGCGUUUGCAAGAAUUUGGGACACUGUAAGUCAAGAAGUAGUGGAAGAAAGAAUCAUUGCGAAUGUAGAUGGUGAAGAAUCUGUUGAAUCGAGAGACUUCUGGACCAAACUUUUGGCUCACGUUGCAACUACUGCGUCUGCUGAAGAACCUUUACAAGGCAGGGGAGCUCGGAAGCGAAAUCGAGUAGAUUAUUAUGAAGGAGAUAUAUCAACUUCCAGAAAGAGAAUGGGAAAGAAACGCUCAAUAGAUCCAGACUUUAUUCCUGUUGAAAAGGAAGAUAUUGUUUCAUCGGAAACGGAUACAGAAAAUGAGGUGGAGGAUCCUAGUGUUCUUGAUAUUUCUGGCAGAAAGCCAACAUCUUUUAAGGGUUUACUUACGGGAAGGAAAAACGAUGAUGGACAAAAACCGAAGAAAUCAAGACAAUCAAGACCAAAUGAUGAUAUGAACAAUAUUACAACGAUGGUGACUGGAUCUGGUUUUCACGAUAUUAACAAUAUUACCACCAUUCCUCCAGAUCACCACAUUGUAACCGGGCCAACUUCUAAUACGCCCGAAAUGUAUAAUUAUAGUACUCCAAUGCCAUAUUACCAAUACCAAUGGUUAUCAUCUCAUCACACAUCUGUAAAUAACACGACAGAUAUGACUGUUUUUAAUAGUAAAGUGGCUUCAACUAUAGAGGUGGAUCACAAUUUACCUCAACGAGAAAAUCAACUAGUUAAUGUUAUUACGAUUGAUUCUCCGACAACUCCGCCUAAUACUUCUGUACAACCUAAUGUGGAAAAGGAUAAUAACCCUGUGCAUCCUGUAAUGUCAAAGCAAUCCGAACAUCCCAACUUACAAUUAACAGUACCGCAACAUCAGACUCUAUUACAACAAGCUCCGUACCAAGCGAAAACUCCUAAUAUGAAAUCAAAAUCAGUUAAUUCGAACUCUCGGGGUGUUAUAAUUCGAGAAUUAAAUGUUGAAGCACUGAAAGUGAAAAUCGAUAAAGCUUCAUCAUCCAAAACCAAUAAUAAUGAUGAUAAGCAAUCGAAUCUACAAAAUCAACAGGAACCAAUUGUCAUCAUUUCUGAUGAUGAUUUGGAACCACAAGACUAUCACAUGAUACGACAAAAUGGGGAACGAAAAGUUUUAGAAGCGAAUAAUAUAGUAUCUACUCCAGUUUCAUCUAAUCCAGCAAAUGUGAAAACACCAAAGAACAAAGGGAAACAAAUUGUUUUAAAUAAAAAUAAUUCCGACAGAGGUUAUGAAGAUAUCGAAGAAUUUGUGCGAUUAUUUGAUGAAAUACAAAGGAGCGAUGAAGAUUUUGGAUUAAGGCAGAUUGCUAUAACAAGAUUAUACCAUAAAUUAACUUCAUUAGGUUUUAAUAUUGAAGGCCAUAUAACAAGCUUAGCAGCAAGAGGUAAAUUGGAUCAUGAACUUUUGAGAUCAUUUAGAAAUUCAUGA